AAGUACAUGGAUUUUUUUUAUUUCUAACAAACAUUUUAAUAUAAACCAAUCGCAUAUAGCGGCGGAAUAAUAAACAUUCACGACACAUUCAAAUGGCACAAUGAGGCUGAUUUAUAAUGGAUUUCUAAAGACAUGCAUCCGUUAGCCUGUUUGAGUAUCCACUUCAAAUCUCCACCUGGAUACCAGGGACUCGAUGCUUUGCUGAGAUUCCACACGAGCAUCAGAUUUGUUUCUUCGUAUCUAUUCAAGAAGAUCCAACAGCUUAAUACUCUCUGAUAAUACUGCAAAAUGACAACAGAGGUAGAAUUUCUUCGAGAUCAAGUGAAUCGUUUGAACUCAGUUCUGGGUCGAUAUCAGGAUGAAUUUCCUCCCCCCUCAUCUGUGUCACAGGCUGAAGAUGUGGAGUCUGCAGCCCCUUGGCUCUCAGACAGAGGUCUAAUGGCUCCUCUUAUUGAAGAGUAUGACAGACAUAUACAACAGAUGGACAUGCAGCUUAAGUUCUAUCAGAGGCAGAUGACAGACGUCAAAGCCAGCCUGGAGCAGGUGGUAAAAGAGAAUGAGAGGCUUCAUGCAGAGCAAAGAACGUCUAUUGAAAAACAACUGCAGUCUUUCUCUGCUGGAGCAGAAGGAGGUACAGUGGCUGACACAUUCGCCAUCAGCAACCUGGAAGAGCAGGUCAAGUGCGCCGUGGAGGAAAAGGAACAGGCACUGCAGAUGUGGCAGGCGGCUGCGCAGGAGUUGGAUCGGUUGCAGAACCAGUAUCAGAACAAUAUGAGCGACGGACAGAUGCACGCUGCUGAACGGCAACACAUGCAGAAUCAACUAGCACAAGUUCAACAACAUGCCCAGAAACUCCAGCUAGCCAAUCAGAAGCUGGAAUCGACCAACCAGCAGUUCCUGAAGACGGUGGCAGAACAGAGCAGUGAACUGGAAGAAUUACGCAGCCAACUCAGGCAAGCAAAGCUCGAGCAGAGAUCCGCCGCUGCUAAAGUGGAGGAGAUGACCAAACUCCUCCAGAAUGUCCAGGAUCAGAUGCAGAGGAGGGAGGAAGAUGCAGCAGAAGCUCAGGGCAGAGAAGAAACAUCUGACCGGCGACUACAACAACUGCAGACUGCACUGACCCAACUGGAGGCCAGGCUCAAAGCUGCGACGCAGGAUUCUGAAUCCGUGCGCAGGAAACAGACCGAGUGGGAGAGGCAGGUGGGAGAACUUCAGGGGCGCUGUGCCUCAUUGGAGGAAGAGAAAUUCGAAGCCCUCAGUCGCCUCCGCAGCUCCAUCCAGCUGGCCGAGGAAGCCUCGCUUCAGAAAGAGCAGGCUCAGCUGAGGGAGAAGCAGAGAGGAGAAGAACUGGAGAAGAUGAAGGACGCAAUGAAACGUCUCGUACAGGACGCUGCUCUGCGCACUAGGAAAGAGGUGGAGACUGUCCGUAAGCAUUGUAAUAUUCAAAUUCAACACAUGGCUGAGGAGCUGUCUGCCCUGCAAUUGGAAUGUGCUGAUAAAGAGACACAGAUCGAACGAGCCCAUCGGGAGAGGCAAGCCGUUGAGGAGGAGUUGGAAAAGAUAUAUAAAGAGGGCCGUGUUGGAGAGCCUGAGCUGAGGAAGAUGGAGGCUCUUCAUCAGAGAUGUCUGAACACAGAAAGAUUAAAGGACGAGGCGCUGCUCACGCUCAACAGCACAAAAAACAAGAUGAAGAAGAUGGAGAUGGAGUAUUCGGAGGAGCUGUCGCGCUGUCAGGAGGAGGUGCGGAGGCUGCAGGCGGCCCUCGCGAGUUUGAGACAGGACAGCACAUCCAUCAGUGAGGAGAGAGUCACGCUUCAGCAGGAGAACCAGAAACUCCUCAGAGACAUGGAGGCACUUCGGAAAGAGUGCUCGCUAGCUCAGAGGCGUGCCAAACAAAAGGUAUCGACAAUGCAGCAGGAGCUGUAUGUGAAGGAGCAAGGUUUAGAGUCCAGGCUGAGAGAGAUGGAGGAGAGCAGUAAAAGCUCCAGCGCUGGUUUGAGCAGACUGCUCCUCGCUCAACAGAAAACCAUCAGCCGAUAUAAAGAAGAGUCCAAGCAGCUCACCGAAGCCUUUCAGCAAAAGCUCAGCAGUCUCAGGUCAGAGCUGAACAGACAGAAGCAGCGAGCUCAGGAACUGGAGAUCCAGCUUGAAGCGGACCAUCAAAAGAUACUGGAGUAUGAGAGGCAGGUUUCAGAGCACCAGGAGAAGAAUAUGCGUCUACAAAGGCGUCUUACGCAGGCAGAGCAACGGGCAGCAAGUGCAUCACAGCAGCUGAGUGUGAUGUCACAGCGAAGAAAAGCAGCAUCCAUGAUGGAUCUCGAGACUCUGUCAUAAAACAACAGCAUUUUCAUCUCAAGUCUUCCGAGUGAUGUAAAGAAUGAGCUUUCUGAACAGCUGGUGGAGUUAGUUUAAGAUCAAUUUUGUGAUGUUACCUUUUACUAACAGGGUUAACAGACAAGCUCUGCAAUUACAAAUAAAUAAUUUUUCAUGAAUUUA